AUGUCUCAAGCCCGGGCUGCGCUGCGGCAGGCUCGCAUGCGGCAUGGAGACGAAGAGGAGGAGGGCAAAGAGCGUGGAAGUGGAGGCMGCGUGCCCAGCGACGAGUCCAUGGCUCUACCGUCGUCGCCGCGCCAUGUACGCUUCCCAGACACCCGAUACGACACCACAUCAGGCUCGUCGAGCKCCAUCGCCUCGCUGACCUCGACCUCCACCCUGGACACUCUCCCCACCAGGCUGGACUUGUCACCCACCGAGCGCGACGCCCGCAAGGGCUUGUUGCGCGAGUCAUUCUUCGACCACUGGAAGGACGACGCUGCACCGUUGGAGGCCGAGGACAGCCCGGAGGAGAUGCAAAGAAAGGACCCGUUGGGGGCACAGAUCUGGCGACUAUACGCCAAGACGAAAGGGCAGCUGCCCAACUCGGAGCGUCUGGAGAAUCUGUCAUGGCGAAUGAUGGCCAUGAACCUCAAGCGUCAGCAGAACCUUGAGCGUCAGCAAGGACUGCACGCCCAAAGCCGGCCCAAGGGCCAGAAUGCACCGAGUGGCAUCGCACAGCUGCGCUCUUCGGAGCAAGCGUCCAAGACGCAGGAUGACACCAUGAACUUGGACGACUUCAUCGUUCCUUCCUCAAUUGGCACGCCUGCCGGCGUCUCGCCCGAUUCCUCCUCGGCUGACGGCGACAUUGCGACGACCGGCACGAUCUCCGCCAUACCAAUCAAACAGCAGCAGCGCCUGCAGGCAGAUGACCUAUCAUUGGCGCGUGCCUCUGCGCCCUCCGUGCCCCCACUCGAGCAGACCCGUGGGCAUCAAGAAUUCUCUUACGUCCAGCGAAGAGUACGCAAGACUAGCAUUGAUGAGCGCAGGCCACCAAAGAGACGUGCAGAGGCAUCACCUCAGGUCCCGCCGGUCAACAGCACCACCAUGGCCGCUCAAGACCCAGCGGGCGACGCCGGAUUGCUCGACUACUCGCUAGACGGACCAACCACUGCUCAUCCUCACCCGCACCACACCACCCUACCCUUCAACCUGGAUACCUUUAACUUGGAGAAUGAUCCCAUAAUCCACUCGGCGGGCCCAAUGCAAGGCCACUUUGGCUUCUCGCCAGUUGGUUCGCCCAUGUUGAACACCGGCAACUUCCAGUCGGUGUACAAUGCGCAAUCGUCCAUGCCACCUCCUGGACCAUCUGGCUUUCAAUCGCCACCCGGGUCUGCAUAUCCUUCCACGGUAUCUACUCCUCAGCCCAUCCCAGAAGGCGAGCAGAUGUUCUUCGGCAACUCUCACAUGCAUCACGGAUCGGUGCCUAAUUUCCAGCAGCUCCACUCUCAACCGCAGCAGCAACAGCAGCAGCAUCAGCACCAAAUACCACUCAGAACAUCUCAGCAGCAGUUCGUCUUCAAUCCGAACAGCGAGUCCAUGUUCAGUGCUCUUUCCGCAAGUGCUCCUUCGCAUGCCUUUCAUCAACCGACAUUCCAGAUGCCCGGUCACCUCGAUCCCUCCAACGUUAUGUCGAACGACUUCCACGUAUCUGGUAACACGGCAAUGUCGCGACCCGAGAACAUGUUCACUUUCGGAGGCGACUCUGAUAACGAGGAAGACGAGCAGAUGUCGUUCAAUGAUGCGAACAUGAUGAUGCCACAAGGGUACUCGCCCAUGGACGAUCCGUCAAUUGACAUGAGCGGAAACUACCAGUGGGACCUUGGAAUGCCCCAGCGCUUCUCUGGCGAUGGGCAACUAGGCGGCCAUAGUCGCAGCAAAGGCUAUUCCAUGAGCAACACGGAAAUGAAUCCUUCCCAGCAGAACUGGGGCCAAGGAACCUUGUCCAGAGGCCAUGGCUCGGCCGCCUCUGUGAGUGAUAUUAGGAAUCGAGGCGGUGACCCGAGAACCCGCAAGAUCCCUCGUACUACAUCUACGCCAAACACUGUGGGCAUGGCGACGGGGAUGUUUUCAAUUCGCAACACAAACCAUCCAUCUCCGUCCUCCCCACCGGAGUCUGGAUUCGGUUCAGCGGCUCCGUCCCGGCCAGGCAGUCCCCGACCCGGCGGCGAGAAUGGCGGUGCGCCCACGACAUGCACCAACUGUUUCACUCAGACCACACCUCUGYGGCGCCGCAACCCAGAAGGACAUCCGCUGUGCAAUGCUUGUGGUCUUUUCCUCAAGUUGCAUGGAGUUGUGCGCCCUCUCAGCUUGAAGACCGACGUGAUCAAGAAGCGCAACCGCGGCAGCGGCAAUGCGAUGCCAGUGGGGACUUCUCGCUCGAAAAAGGUUGCCAGCCGCAAAAACUCGGUGGCGCAGACGAAUGCCAACACGCCCAACGCGGGCAAAAGCUUUGCACUCGAUUCCGACUCGCCAAAAUCAUCACAUUCGUCGGGCAAUACUCCUACGACCUCUGGCCCAUCAGACAAGCCAACCAAGACAGUUGUUCCCAUCGCGCCAGGCCCACCGAAGCCAAGCACUCAGCCUCCGCCAUCAGCUCCGACCCGACUGGUAGCUCCUCGACGUGCUCGGAGACAGAGCAAGGCCAGCAACACCCUGUCGCGUGCAGAAGGCGAUAUGAUGGAUGUGGACGAGUCGCCCAACAAGGCCGGGCACCGAAUUCAGCUAGACGCAAGCCAAACCACGACGUCUCCGACGAACGCGGCGUCUACAAAGACAAGCAUGCCGCCGAUGCAUGCUCAAAUGGUUCCGCAAGGUGGCGGUUCUGCUCACCAAAUGCCAUCUGGGCACAAUGGAACCCCAACUGGUAUUCCAACCAACAUGAUGACCGGGCCGCAAGAGUGGGAGUGGUUGACUAUGAGUCUGUGA